GCAAAUAAUAUAUUGGAAAUUACUAUUGAAAUCCCGGUUGAACAGAAAACGAAUCCAAAAAGUUAACCACAAAACAAAACAAACUAUCAACUUCAAUCAUCGUAAUUUUAGUCGCGACUUUAGACUAAGCAAAUUUUAGCUGUUGAUAACAACAACAUAACCUUAAAAUAAUUAACCAGAAAAAAAAAAACUAACAAGAAAUGUUUUUUAAAAAAAUCCCAAAAUUAAAUACACACAUGACCUGACCCACCAGCUCUCUCCUAUAUCACAUUCCCUCCAACUCCUUCCUCUUCCAUUAAUUGCAAAAAAAAGAAGAAGAUUUGGUUUCAAUGGGGAAGAAGAAGAUGAAGCUCUCUUCUCUGUUCAAAGGCGGAGCCGGAGGAUUACUAGCGGUUCCUCUCUGUUACAAUGCCAAAACUCUCUCCUUCCGUGUCGGCGACGACAUGAUCAAGACGGUGAACUCUGUUUUCUUCGACCACAACCACAACAAUGGAGGAGAUUUGUUGGAAGCGGAAACGCCUGAGUCAUGGUUUACGAACUCGUCCGAGACAGCGAGUCACUCAACCGAGUCGGAUCAAGACCUUGACGCUGAAUCGUUGGAGAUGGUGGUUCGUGGAGUUGUUAGAUCGGAGCGGUUGUUCUUCGAUCCAGGAGUUACGAGUUCGAUUUUGGAAGAGAUUGAUGAUAAAUCGAAAUCGAAAUCGAAGGAGACGGUUGUGGUGGGAGAAGAUCGGGGUACGCCGAUUGAGGAGAUUAGCGUCGCGGUGGCGAUGGAAUCGGAGGAUCCGUACGGAGAUUUCCGGCGAUCGAUGGAGGAGAUGGUGAUGAGUCACGGUGAGUUGGCUAAAGAUUGGGAGAGCUUGGAAUCGAUGCUCGCUUGGUACUUGAGGAUGAAUGGGAGGAAGAGUCACGGCGUAAUCGUGAGUGCUUUUGUUGAUCUUCUCUCUGGGCUCUCUGAUUCCGGCGCCGGAAUAACGUCGGCUUCGGUAUCGGAUUCAGCUCGUUAUUCAACCGCCGUUUCGUCUUUGCCGUCGUCGCCGGUAUAUUCGUUAUCUCAAGGUCAGAGGGAGAUUGAAGAGGAAGAGAGACGGAGCUGUUAGAAAUAAAGCUUAAGAUUCGGUUUUAAUUUUUAAUCUCGGUUUAUUUAGAUUAAUUAACCUUUUUGGAUUUUGUAAAAAGUAAUUAGUGGUUAGAGGAAAAAAAAAACAUUAAAUAUAUAUUAAAAAAAUAUUUUUAGAGCCAUUAUUGUUGAUUUAUGUAUAAGAGUGCCUUUUGUCAUAA